AUGGAUUCCUUCUCCUUCAAUGGGGAUCUCUCCAACCUCUUUUCCCUCUACAACUACACUUACGACUACAGCACAGCCUUGCCCGAUACUGCUAUCUCCUCUGCCCCAUGCCGGCCUGAUGGCUCUGUCCUCAACAAGUAUCUGGUGGUGAUAAUCUACUGCAUCGUCUUCAUCCUCAGUGUGGUGGGGAACGGGCUGGUGGUGCUGGUGGGGACCUCCAGCCACACCAACCGCUCCGUCACUGACGUUUACCUGCUCAACCUGGCCGUGGCGGACCUGCUCUUUGCCCUCAGCCUGCCACUCUGGGCUGCCUACCGAGCCCAUGAGUGGGUUUUCGGCACCGUGAUGUGCAAAGCCAUCUCUGUGCUGCAGGAGGCCAACUUCUACAGCGGCAUCCUGCUGCUGGCCUGCAUCAGCGUGGACCGCUACCUGGCCAUCGUCUAUGCCACCCGAGCUGCCACCAAGAAGAGGCACUGGGUGAAGUUUGUCUGCUUGGGCAUCUGGGUCUUUUCCGUGCUGCUCUCCCUGCCCGUGCUGCUCUUCCGUGAGGCUUUCCCCUCGCCCAGCAAUGGCACCGUGUGCUACGAGCGCAUCGGCGGUGAGGACACGGUGGUGCUGCGGAUCCUGCCACAGACCUUCGGCUUUGCCCUGCCCCUCCUGGUGAUGCUCUUCUGCUACGGUGUCACCAUCCACACCCUCCUGCAGACCAAGAACUCCCAGAAGCAGCGGGCCAUGAAGGUCAUCUUUGCUGUGGUGCUGGUCUUCCUCAUCUGCUGGCUGCCCUACAACAUCACGUUGGUGAGCGACACCCUCAUGAGGACACGGGCCAUCGCUGAGACCUGUGAGAGGAGGAACCGCAUCGACACAGCCCUCUCUGUCACGCAGGUCCUGGGCUUUGCCCACAGCUGCAUCAACCCCAUAAUCUACGCCUUCAUUGGGCAAAAGUUUCGUAACAGCUUCCUCAAGAUCCUGGCACAGCGCGGGCUCAUCAGCAAGGACGCCGUGGCCCGCUAUGGCCGCACCUCCUACACCUCCACGUCUGGCAACACCUCCACCACCCUCUGA